CUACUAUCCUUAUAGCAAACUGUGAAGAAAAGUCGGUAAAAUUGGCAAAAUUCCAACUUUCGGAAAGCAAUUUAAUAUCGGAAAGUUUUGAUUUGUCGUGUCAGUCUUUUCUCAAUAGUUUGAAAGAAGAAUUCUUUAAAACUUUGGGGCACCAUUUCAGUGAAGAAGCUGUCAAAAAAUUUCGAAAUUGUCAUUACGGGCAAGCGGAAUAUCUUUACAGAAGGUUUUGUUUGCCCAGUAUAAUUAACAGUUUUAGAGGCGAUACAAAAACAUUUAAAAUUGUUGAGUUGGAUAUUGAUGAGCGGUGUCCAAGCUUGGCGAGUUAUGUUACAGGGGAACAACGAAAGCGAUUUGAAGAAGAGGAUUGGAUUUUAGAACUCGAUUUCCACAACGUUAAAUCAAUUUUCGACCCAGUAGUCGAUAAAAUUCUUGAAUUCAUUAUGCAACAAAUUUUAGAUUCUAAACCGAUUGAUGUUAUAUUUUUAGUUGGGAAAUUUUGUGAGAUUCCUUAUUUCUUAAAGCGUGUAAAAGAAAAAUUUACUGGAAAAGUACAAGAAAUUAUUGUCCCAGCCCGGCCUGCAACUUCAUUAUGGAAUUAUGGAAUCGGUAUACAUAAUAAUUGGAAAGCAAAACAUACAAGCAUGGAAAUAUCGACUACGGCCUCAUAUGAAUUUUUUCAUCUAAUUGCGCGUAAAGGAACAUUAAUCGAUAAAACACAAGAAUUUUCUGUUCUUUUCUCGCCAGUUCCAUUCUUUGCGAAUCAGCUGGAUGUAAAUAUCUAUGUCACCGAAAAGGAUGAUGUAAAGUUGUGUUCGGAUGAAGGUGUAAAGAUUUUUGGAAGGAUAACCGUUAUUCUUCCAGAUUUUAUGGAAUCUAUUAAUGAAAUUCUUGCUGUGAAAUUAAUCUUUUAUAUUGGAAAAAAUGAAUUCAAAACUAUUGCAAAAAAUUCACAAACUGACAAAGAACUCGAAACGAUCUUAGAUUUCAACAUUGAUCUUUCUUAA